CGCCAAGUGCUGUGUCAUUCCCGCGGAUCCGAGGGAGAUAUAUGCAUGGCAAUGUGAUCAUACUCGGUACAAUUGACUGACCUUCUGGAGCAUGCGCCUGUUCUCACAUUGGAUUAACCCUUGACCGCGUUCUGUUAUCUAUUGAAUUCAUACCCAUCAUAUGUAUAUGGUCGCUUAAGCACUGUUCUUCUCACCCUGAUUCCGCAAUCGCAUUACUCGUUUCUGCCAUGUCGAACCUACCAUCUCACGCCUCGCCGGCAUUCACGGCGCAGGACUCUUCCUCUCAUCAAGUGGUCGAUGAUAUACCUCUGGACUCUACCUCCGUGGCUACACCAUCAUUGAACAGCAGAAUAGGCGAGCUCCGUGGUGAUGCCUCAAAUCAACCUGACGCCACAGAGCACACCCGAGGCGAUGUCACCCCCGCAGUGCCUGCCUCUCUUCUCUCCCCUUCCUUCACCCCCCCAGCAACACCAGGUGGUACGCUAAACCACGCGCAAUUACUUCAGCAGACUUCACAACCCACGCACACCAAACCCCCUAAGCUCCUCUCCUGCCUUCCAAAUGUCGAAUGUAUUGUUCGCGCACGGAUCCCAACCACCAAUGGGGCCGAGAUGUUCCUUCACCUCUACCACAAUGACUUAGACAACAAAGAGCAUCUAGCAAUUGUGUUCGGAAACAGUAUUCGAUCCCGAAGUCUGGACGCAGUCCGUCCGGGGGAAACAGAAAUGGACCGAAUGAUCCGUGGGGCAUACAUCGGUACCCUCCGUCCCGGCCGAGUUAGCAGCUGGCAUGAUAGUACCGCAAAUACCGAGGGCGCUUCUAGUGGACAAGGGCGGAGUACCCCAAGUCACCCUAGUUCGUCACAGACACCCGAGUUAGCGCAGAAUAACACAAAUCAAGCGCCGCUGGUUAGGAUCCAUUCGGAAUGUUACACCGGCGAAACGGCAUGGUCCGCGCGCUGUGAUUGUGGUGAACAGCUCGACGAGGCGGCUCGAUUGAUGUCUCUCCCGAUGGAAACUUUGAAUGAGGCGGCAUCCCAGCAAGAAUUAUCGGUGCCUUCGAAUGCAUCUGGCGGCGUGAUCAUUUACCUCCGCCAAGAAGGCCGCGGGAUUGGCCUCGGAGAAAAGCUCAAAGCGUAUAAUCUUCAAGACCUUGGAUCGGAUACCGUCGAAGCCAAUCUACUCCUUCGACAUCCUGCAGAUGCCAGAAGCUACGGUCUUGCCACAGCGAUGUUGGCGGAUCUCGGUCUCGGUGUUGAUUCCAACCCACAUGGAAUCCGCCUACUGACAAACAACCCGGACAAGAUCCGGGCGGUUGAGGGACCGAAUCGGGAAGUAGUUGUGAAGGAAAGAGUACCGAUGGUGCCCUUGGCCUGGCGAACCGGCGGAAAGAUGGGAAUUACGAGUUCUGAAGUCGAAGGUUACUUGCGGACAAAGAUUUCGAAGAUGGGUCACAUGCUCCAAUAAAGGAUCCAGUUCACCAAUCUUCUUUGCUUUCAUGCCUUGCACGAUUUUCCCCAUGAGUUUUACGUGGAGGUACUGUUCCUUCGAUGCUUUUGCUGCUUUGCUGUAUAAAAGGCUCUAUUCGGAUUGCUUGUCGUAUCUGCGGUGCUGUAUAUCUCUCAUCUUUUCCUAUUCUCUAUACGAUCAUUAUACCUAGUGUUACGUCGGACUACGUCUUGGGCAUUAUGAGAUAUUACUAGAUUGGGCAUUGUCUGUGAUGCGUUACCGGGGUUUGGGAGUGACCGUUCGAGCUUUUGGCUUGCCAUAUACAAAGUUAAUACAUUUUUGGUAUCGUAAACUUAAAAAGAGACCAAGCAGGCAAAUUGUCAUGUGAAGGUUCCGGG